AUGGCAUCCGGUCAGGGUGAAACACUAGUGAAUCUUUCGGAUUUAGAUACGAUGCUUGAAGGAGCACACCGUCGAAAAUCAACAUUAGAGGCUGAUAGUGCGAUGGUCCGUUAUCUGAUAGAGAUGUACCCGAAAGAUUUACGGCUGUCCAUAACUACACUGUUGCAUUUAGAACCCAAAAUACGCGUCAUACGCUCACGUAUCACGUCAACGUUAACGGAACACUUUAUUACUUGGCUGAUAGAAACUGAAAUGUUGGUAUCUAUACCGUGGGGACAUGAAGAACUUGAACUAGACUGCAGUGAAAUUCUUACCAUCCCGAAACAAGCUCUUCAAGCAAAAAGAACUCAUGUUAUUGUUCAAUACAAAUGGCAUUAUGAAAAAUUGAAGUUCACGCCGCUGAGUGAUCGAAAAUUAUUUUAUAUUCUUGAAAAUCUGAACGCAUCCGAAGAAAAAGCUUUAUCUAGUUUAGGCGAUUUUGCUGCAGCAGCACGAGAUGCCUGA